AUGGCUCUACACUUCUUAGCCAGAUACGAGUUGCCGGCACUGUCUGCUCUGCCUGUGGGUGCGUCCGACUCGCGGCGUGCGCCGGCUCGGAGUCUGCUCCGUCCGCCUCUGCCCGCCUGCUCGCUUCGGCCGACUCCUGGUCGCCGCCACGCGGCCGUCCGGCUCCGCCUCGCCGCUGCCCUCGGCCGCCUCCUGCAACACACGGCCGCCGGGUCGCCGGCGCCCCCGCCUCCGACCUCCUCCCGCGAGGCCGACUCCCUCGUGCCGCCUCCUCGCAGUCUCGCAGCCGGCGACCUCGAUAGCCGUGGCAAAUCAGCGCCACGCGCGUCCUCCGCCGGGUCCCUGUGGCCCUCGUCCACGCCCGCCUCCAGCGCGCCGACUGCGACCACCCGGCUGGCCUGGCCGACUGGUCUACUGCGUCGCCACGCGGCCGCCUCCGACCGCGCCGGUUGCCCCCCGGCGUCCGCACCGCCGCUUGGUCCGGCCGCUCCCGGCCUGCACACGCACCGGGCUCCGGCUCUUCCCCCGUGCCGGCUUCGCUCCGCCUUGCGGGCGUGCCCCGCGCCGACUCCAAGCCUGGCCUGCCGGCAAUGCGGCCCGGCCACGACCGCCUCCCUCCAUCGGCCGGCUCCUGCCGCGCCCCGCUUCCCAGCCGCGUCCGGCUCCCCGACGGCGCCCCGCGCCUGGCUGGAUCCGGCUAGCUCCCGCGCCGGCUACUGCGCGGCCGCCUGCUCCCACGCCGGCUGCGGCAGGCCCGGCCGGCUCCCGCCCACCCCGUGGCUGGCUCGCCGCUAG